AUGAUAAACUCAAUUAAGAACUAAUUUAAACAAUAGUUGGAAUUACUUCAGGAUAAGAAGUACAAAAAGCCUGCUUUUGAAGCUUAUAAUAUGAAUAGAGCUUUUAUCACAUUGGAUCAAGCAUUUGAAUAUGUUGGAGACAAUUCUAAAUAUCAAUAGAGGAUCACAUUAUUAUUAUGCAUACAGUUUUUGUUUUAUUCAUUUUUUGUAAUGGGUAUGCCCUAUUUAUUAUAAAAUCCCUCCAGAUAUUGCACUGAUGGGAUUUGUAUCGAAUAUCCUAAUUGUAACAAUAGAAUAGAUAGUUUAAUUGGAUUUGACAGUAUUGCAAAAGAAUUUGGAUUAUUUUGUAAUGGUAGAAAAGCCUUUAUAGCAGCAUUAUUUUUUGUUGGUUAAAUGUUUGGAGGAUUUACAUUUCCAAUAUUAGCAAAUAUUUUUGGAAGAAGAAAAAUUUUAUUAUUUGGAAUGAGUUUAGGUUCAGUAUCAAUUUUUGUAGGGUCACUUUGUGAGAGUUUAUUAUCUCUUUAUACUUUAUUCUUUAUUGCAGGUUUUGGAUUAAGUGGAUAUGAGACUGUAGUUUAUGUUUACAUUACUGAAAUAAGUGCAUUAAGAUUUAGAUCUAUUGCUAGUUCUUUAUUAAUUGUUAUAUGGAGUUCUUCUAUGUUAAUAUAUCCAUUUAUUGUUGAUAUUUUAUAAUCAUGGAGACUUUUAAUGAUGUGGAGUAUUGGAGUUCCUCUAUUAGUAACAGUAAUAUUGGAUUAUUUUUACUUUGUUGAAUCACCUAGAUGGCUAAUUUCUAAAUAAUAAUAUGAUGAAUGUAGAAAAGUAUUUAGAUUUAUGAGUAUUUUUAAUAAAAGAAGACCAUUUGAAUUCAAUUUUAUGGAAGAAUUAGAUAAGUUCAAUAGUAGAUGUGUAAAAAUAGCAUCUGUUAAAAGAGUGGAAACUUAAGUUAAUUUAACACAACAAUCUAAUUAGAAUGUAGGAUAUUGGGAAUUGAUGAAAAGAUCAAAAUUACUAAUAUAAACAUCUAUUCUAGUUUAAAUGUGGUUUUUGAGAUAUUUUACUUAUUAUGGUUUACAAUUUUCAGUAUCUACAUUUGGAAUAUCAAUGACAACUACAUUAAGAAUGUUGGCUUUAGUAGAAUUAACAACUGGAAUGUCAAGCUGUAAGAUUAUAUUGAUAUUAUUAAUUAGUAUAUUUUAAGUUGAAAUAUCCUAGAAUCAUUUCAUUAUAGUUUUGUUUACUUACAAUGAUAUUGAGUGCUACAUUAGCCUAUAUUGAUGUUCCAUCAGAAUGUUUAGGUUCCUUAUGUUGGCAAUAGAUUCUUCAUUUACUUAGUGCUAUAUUGAUCAAAGCAAGCAUUACUAUAUAUAAUUCAAUGCUUAAUACAUACACAGGAGAAGCUUAUGUAACAACUGUUAGAUCAUAUGGGUAUGGAGUUUGUAUGACUUUUGGAUAAUUGGGCAGUACUUUUGCUCCUUUGUAUGUAUCUUAUAUGUAGGAAAUAUAUCAAUAAGCAAAUGCAAUUACAAUUGUUGGUUUAUUGGCAAUAGUAGCUCUUGGAUUGACAUGGUAUGUAUUAAUUUUAAUAAGUCUAAUUUAGGUUUUUGCAAGAGACAUAUAAAAAGGAUAUGUAUGACAAUUUGACUGAUGAAGUUAUGGCAAACUAAACUCUUCCCCUUAUUAAUCAAGAUAUGUAAUUUGAUGAAAUCGAACUUUAACAAUUAAGCAGAUGA